GAGAAUGGGGGCGGGUGGAACAACGGGCCGGUGAGGAGCAGCCGCCGCCGUCUCCGCCGUCGCUUCGGUAGCCGCCGCGGUGGUCGCCUCGGACAGCUCCGCUUGCUCUCGGGCCGGCGCCUCCUAUCCUGACAUCCCGCCGGGAGUGGGAGGCUGAAGCGCAGCCGGCGGCGCAGGGACGGUCCGGCUCCGCAGCGGCGCGGGCGGCCGCAGUGACAGCCCGGCCCCGGCCCCGGCCCGACGCCCGCCCUCGGUGUCCGCAGCCACGAUGAACCGAGGCGGCAGCAGCCCGUCGGCCGCCGCCAACUACCUGCUCUGUACCAACUGCCGGAAAGUGUUGCAGAAGAUCAUCCUCCUUCCACUGCUUCAUAACUCACAAGCUGCAGCCCUUUCAACACCCACUUCCACAAGCAACCUUCAGGUCUUUUGCAAGGAUAAAAGAAUCAGAGUAUCUCAACCCUUGACAAGAGGACCAAGUGCCUUUAUUCCAGAGAAGGAAGUUUUCCAAGCAAACACAGUGGAUGAACGUACUAACUUUCUUGUGGAAGAAUACUCGACAUCCGGGCGUCUGGACAACAUCACCCAGGUCAUGAGUCUGCACACUCAGUACCUGGAGUCUUUCCUGCGGAGCCAGUUCUACAUGCUGCGCAUGGACGGCCCCCUUCCUCUACCGCACAGGCACUACAUCGCAAUAAUGGCUGCAGCUAGACAUCAGUGUUCUUACUUAAUAAACAUGCAUGUGGAUGAAUUUCUAAAGACAGGAGGCAUUGCUGAGUGGUUGAAUGGUUUGGAAUAUGUCCCACAAAGACUGAAAAAUCUUAAUGAGAUAAAUAAGCUACUAGCACACCGACCUUGGCUGAUCACGAAAGAGCACAUUCAGAAACUUGUCAAAACUGGAGAAAAUAAUUGGUCUCUGCCUGAACUGGUACAUGCUGUGGUCCUGCUGGCACAUUAUCACGCUUUGGCAAGCUUUGUCUUUGGCAGUGGCAUCAAUCCAGAGAGAGGUCCAGAAAUCUCCAAUGGAUUCAGGCUAAUAUCAGUCAACAAUUUCUGCGUUUGUGACCUUGCUAAUGACAACAACAUAGAAAAUGCAUCUCUUACAGGCAACAGCUUUGGGAUUGUAGAUUCUCUAAGUGAGCUAGAGGCCUUAAUGGAAAGAAUGAAAAGGCUUCAUGAAGAAAGGGAAGAUGAAGAUGCGUCUCAGGAAGAAAUGACCACUCGUUUUGAGAAGGAGAAGAAAGAAAGUCUGUUCGUAGUCUCUGGAGAUACUUUUCAUUCAUUUCCUCAUUCAGAUUUUGAGGAUGACAUGAUUAUAACAUCUGAUGUCUCCCGAUACAUUGAAGACCCUGGUUUUGGGUAUGAAGACUUUGCCAGACGAGGAGAAGAGCAUUUGCCAACAUUCCGAGCUCAGGACUAUACCUGGGAAAACCAUGGGUUCUCCCUGGUGAACAGACUUUAUUCUGACAUUGGACACCUUCUGGAUGAAAAGUUUCGCAUGGUAUACAGUCUCACCUAUAACACUAUGGCCACCCACGAGGACGUGGACACAACCAUGCUGCGCAGAGCUUUAUUUAACUACGUUCACUGUAUGUUUGGAAUCAGGUAUGAUGACUAUGAUUAUGGAGAAGUUAAUCAAUUACUUGAACGAAGCCUGAAGGUUUACAUUAAGACAGUAACCUGCUACCCUGAGAGAACUACCAAGCGCAUGUAUGACAGUUACUGGCAUCAGUUCAAACACUCAGAAAAGGUUCACGUAAAUUUACUUCUAAUGGAAGCACGGAUGCAAGCUGAACUUCUGUAUGCUCUUCGUGCCAUAACUCGAUAUUUGACCUGAAGCAUCCAUCUCCCAGGGAAAAUGUCAAAUAUGUGUAAAGACCUUUUCACAUAAGAUAUACAUCUGAAGCUGUUUGUGAUGUAGCAUCAAAAAUUAUUCAAUUCUCUAGUGUCAAAGUUUAGCCGUUCUUUUGGGCGGCUGUCAUGUGCAAUGAUGUGUUUUCUUUUUCUUGAUGCUUAACAUUACUAACAACUGCAAGAAUAAUACUGAGGAGCACUACUUUACAUUGUUUCUAGUUGGGUUUUAGAAACUGAUCAUACAUCAUGAACCUGGUUUGUUAAUGCUUAACUUCAGCGCUUUUGGGUUUGUGUGUAUUUUUUUUUCUCCUCCCCCGCCCCCCCCCCCUUUUUUUUUGUUCAAUAAGGAAAAGCGCUUACAAUCUACUCAAGCAGUUCUUUUCCGAUCUUGGAAUUCAGCAAAGAAUGACCUCCUCUGGCCAUUCUCCACUUUCCAUGUUGCGUCCUAAAUCUGGUAGAGGAAAAGCAUGCGCUGUUGAACUAAGCUGCUCACAGGACACAUACCUGUGUCCCUAGGAGAUUACUUGUCAGGCACUGUUUGGAUUUGUUUGUUUGUUUGUUUGUUUUUGUUUUUCUUACUGCUAUUGGCGAUAACGUGAAAUGUGAUACAGCCAUUGUCCAUAAUUUAAUGUGAAGUUAAUCAUGAUGAAUUCUAUAGCAUGCUACUGAAAUGCCAAAUUCAGCUCUUUUCUUUCUCUUCUGAAACAGAAGUUUCAGUUUUCCAUAUCAGGUGUACAUAUUAAAAGUGGAAUUAUGCACAAUCCUUUCUAUCACUGACAGCCAUCCUCAGUCAUCUUAAAUACUCAGUGCUCACAGUGCUGCUCACAGCUCAUUUCGUCGGCACAUAAACCUGCACCCACACAAGACUGACCAAAAAGUUUCUUUGCACAUUUUUCUUUUCUCAUAGUGUUUUCUAUAUGGCGGUAAACAGAGGAAGGUUAAAAUACCUAUUUUUUUUUCCUGCUAGGCUUUUAGAACUUAUUUUCCAUGAUUUUUCUUAUAAUAGGUUAAACAAUUUAUUAUUCAAAGGUAAAAAUUGUGUUUCUAUGCAUUAACGUGAUUGGACAGCAACAAAAGAAAGAGUGCAAUAUGUUAAAAAAAAUACUCAACUAAACUUUCCAUUAUGUCACUGCAGAAGUGUCCUUUAAAACAGAGCCAUAAAGAAAUUUGGUUCAGAUUUCUUUAUUGCACAAGGCUUUUUGCCUUCCUGGGGUUGAACAGUUUUCCUUUCAUAAUGCCAAAGCAUCCCCUUCCCCAGAAAGAUCUCUUUGGACGACUGGUUAAAAAAAGAUAUCAAGUCUUAGGGGAGGAAUAUAAGCAUCCAAAAAGUCACAUUUUUGCAUUGGUUUAUGUUGCUUAAUUAGACUAUCUUCUCAGAGCACAACAUUAUGUGUUUACAGCUUUAAUUUGUAUUUUGUUAAUGAACCAGUGAAGUGCCUAAAGAGAUGCUUACAACUAUCCAGUAGGACACGACUGCACAGCUAAACACUUUUUGGUUAAUUCACGGUGACUUGAAAUGUACACCAACAUGCUAAUCUUUUUAAAACAGAUCCAUCUUGUCAUAGUAAAUAAUAUAGUUAAAAUUUUUCAUUAAAGUUCCCACAAAGAUUUCAGUUUAGACUGACUGACUUUUGUUAUAUAGGACUUAAACUUUUUUUCUCUCGUGAAAAAAUUGUAGACUCGUUUUUUGUUAAAUCAUUUCCCCCUUCCAUUUAUCAUCCUUUUCUGGUACAGUACAUUAGGUUGCUUUCUUUUAGAUUGUGUUCCAGAUAAGAAAAUAGAAAGAUGACUGUACACCUAUUAACAGAAGGCAGUUCUGCGUUCCUGGAUUCCAGGAUCUUGUUUGGACACUUCCAUGUGAGGAAAAAAUGACUAAUAUUUUUAAGACAGGGUGGUUUAUUUAAAGAGAUUAUUCAAAGAACUAGUGCCAGGUCUCUUCUGUUUUGUUUAUUGAUAUAUGUUGAUUUUAUUCAGUAUCACAUUAUAUAGAUAUAUAUUAACUACAAAGAAAGUAUUUAGGAGAAUGGCAAAACCCAGAUGACAACACAAAUAUCCAUUUAACUUCCCUAACUUUAGAGCUUUCAAGUUGAGGAUAUCUUUUAAGCUUGACUUUUUUUUUUUUUUUUUACUAGAAUUCUUUCAGUUAAUAGCCCUAUAUUUUUGUGCAAGUGACCUGUAUUACAGGAUGAAAAUAAUUUUUAUAUAUUGAAAAGGAGGAGAAAUUCUCACAGAACACCAUAUGAGCUUUAGACCAAAAGGGGAAACAAAAUUUAAAUAACUGAAAUGGCCACUUACUUUUUGGGUUUUUUCCCCCCAGUAAUGUAUGUAGUUGGAGUUUGGGUUAUGGAAAUAUUAGUGCCUUUACUAGAUCUCUUUCCUAGCAAAGUUUCUUUUUAACUCAGCAUUGAUCUAUCUCAUCAAUAAUCAGGAAAAUAAGUUGACUUGGAACUAUAGACAAAAACAAAACAAUAUACUGAUGAACCUCAGUGAACCAGUCUAGAAAAAUUGACUCGUGGAGGUGCUAAUGCACCUACUCAGAUGCGGCAUGCACAGCAUUCCGGGUUGUGAAUUCCAUUUUACAAUGAGUUUGCUGUGACCUUUAUCUAAUGCAAACUUGAAAUUCUGAUGCGGUUUUCCAGGGUGGUAUUUUUUCAGAGUAUUGAAUUUACUAUGUAGUAAUUUAUAGUAUAGCUUUUUAUAUUAAAAUGUGAUAUUUUUAAAAGAGCUAUCUGGUUCAAUUGGUGAAAUGAUGUGAUUAUACGAUAUACUAUCCUACACCUUGGGCUCACAUUGUGCCAAACUUAGAUGUGCAAGUGUACGUGGAAAAAAAGCACAUGUGAAUGUGAAUUCUCUAACUUCGUUGCUUCUUACGUUGAAAUUAGUCUAGUCAUCCACUGAUGUGUAUGCUUGAUUGAUGUCUAUUUACUUUUGAAUUUCAAGUUUUCCAGCUUCAGUUGUGAUUCCCAAUUUCUCAGAUCACCUUAAGAACUAUCAAAAUACUCUCCCAUCUGAAAGUAAAUCUGUUCUUUAAUCUGAUGCCUUGACUAUGGGAGUGCCAGGCAGCUGCCUCAUUGGACCCUUCAGAUUAGGCCUCCUCAGAUGGAUUCUUGGUAAUUAGAGGAAAACAGGCUUUUUGAGACGGGACUACUGACGACCUUCUUCACCUCUUUGAGCUAAGUAUGUUGUCUCAGUCUCAGGAAGAAUCUUUGUCCCAUUUGGGGUACUUUUUGAAAUAAAAGAUGGCUAAUGUGAAAUCUGGGGCAUGACCUUGGCCUCUAAUUAUGGCUUUAAACCCAAAUAAUGGCCGAGCAUCACAGGACUGUUUUAGAACAGAGAACUCCAUGUGAGCUUUAUAUCAAAAUCAUAUUUGAACCAGAACCCCUAUUUUAAUUGUGUUAUAACGUCGCCUAAAGAUUUUAAAUGCUUCUUAAAAAACAAUUAACAUUAUUCCAGAGCAUCUUUUUCCUUUUCCACCUUACAGAGUUUUUUAGAUUUUUAUGCUGCAGCAAAAUAGAAUUACCAGCAAACAAUUAAAGAUCUGUACUUAAAAAUAGUUCACUACUUUAGUGCAGAGUGCAUGCAUGUAUGAUGGUAAGAUUCUUUUAAACUCUAAAGACAAUUCAUCAGGGAAAAAAAAAUAAAUUUCAGUGCAUGUUAUAAAAAUGAUUUGCACUGUGCUACUCAAAUGAAGUUUUUGUUUUGUUUCAUGUUGUAUUUUAAAGACAAUUUUAAAUCAUUUCUCUGGAAAGUAAGACCUUAAACUCUUAUCUAAUAGGACCUUUUCUUUUAUGCAAAUAGUUGGUCUUGCAUGGAGUAAAAUUAUGCAACAAUAAUGUUAUAUAAAUAGUACAUGAAAUUUUCUUAGUAGUAUAAUUCAACAGCAAACUGAAAGACGGGGCUCUUCUGUUCAGAUCGAGUUUUAAGUUACCUAAUGUGUAUAAUCAGAAUCUGUUCUAGGUGGCCGUCAUCAUAAACUGUGUUUCCCUAUAAUAUUCCUCUGGAGACUGAGAAUCAAAGUAGUCUUUCCUCAAAGCUGUACUGUAACAUGAAUGUAUUCAUCUCAGUCAACAGAACUUAAAUGCCCCCUGUAUGCAGAGCUUGUUUCCAUGUUAAUUUGGCUUAGUUAGCAGUGUCUGCUCAGGUGAGACCUAGAACAAAAAUAGCUGGGGUGACAUGGAUCAGAGAGGUAGAGGUCUAUGUUAAGGCAGAGCCCGGUGAGGAAGGAAAAGGUUUUCAAAGACCACAUGGAACAUAAUUCCAAGAGUGUGGCUGUCCUCAGCAUUGUACACCCAACAUGAGGGAACGUUUUCCAUGUGGGAUCUCCUGUCUGCAUUCAGUCCACCCGCCCCACUUGCUUUCUCUUCCUCCAAGUGCCUCAACCUCUCCGUGCUCGCUCUCCUCCCAUCUCUCAGCCCAUCUUGCUCUGAAUGCCUUCUCACAAUCCAGAUCAAACAUCACCAGCCACCUGCUGAUAGUCACCAGCAUUUACUUUUCUGAGUCAUUUUUUUUCUCCAUUCAUUAAGAAGAUGACUUUGUCCCAACUCUCUCUAAAUCCCUCUACCAUCCAGCUAUGUUUUGGCCAACCUUUGCCCAAGACACCCUACCAGAUAUUACGCAGCACCAGUGUGAUCCUGUCCAUCCUAGACUGUUUGACCCUUUCCCAGCUGCCAAAAUAUCUUGCUCUCCUCUACCUCAUCCCCAAAGAGCCUAUAAAUUUAGAGUAUCCAACCUUUUCAUGGAUUCACUCUCUGUUGUUCAGUAAUACUACUUCCAUGUUUUAAAUAAAUCAUAGAAGAUUUUUGCCUUCUAUAAAAGUAGGAAUAUUUAUAUUUAUACAUGAUACAGAAAUUGAACUAUUUCUACCAUUGCAGAAUUUAGCAUUUAGCAGGAUUUUACAGUGAUUGAAUUGCCAUUCUAACCUGGAUCUGUAUUAGGUAAUAAAUACUGGUAUUAGUCCAAGUUAUUUGAAUGUAAAGUUAAAAUUCUCCAGCAGUCCAGAUUGAUCUGUAAUCCUUCAGUGGAACAGGAAACUUCUGGCAUACAAAUGAGAGGUGUUUCAGACAUUUGUUUUAUUGGUGGUAUUUGGGCCUCAAAACACAUUUCUAAUAGGAGGAUAUAGGACAGCGUGUGUUUAGGUGGUCCUGUUGGAUCACAGAAGCCCAUUUGAUUAUAGCAUAUUUAAAAUACCACAAAAUUGGCUAUAUAAGGGCUUCAUCAGGCUUUCCUGGGUUAGACUAAGCUUCUCACCACCAAGUCUACCCUAUUCUCAUGGGGGGAAAUGUAAUGUGGGAUUAAAAGGGAAUGCAUUGACUUUGUAGUCUUUAUUCCCCUGGCUGCACUUCAGGUAGAUCAGACAGUAUGACUGAGGAACAGGAAAUGUGCAGAGGAAGAAGCAACAACAUUCUUCCUCUACAGCCAGUGUGAGUCCCUGUAAUUCAUAGAUAGAAACUCUUGUCAGGUUUUUAACGUGGGGCGUGUUUAUCUAUAGGUGGUCUGACCUGAAGAGGAGGCACCCUGAUUGGAAGUAGAGAUUAUUAUGAUCUAUGAUGGUAUCUGGAUGCUCUCCACUCCCAUUCAGGAACAGCUCAGCCCCACAGCAGAGCCUAGUAAAUGCCUUUAAGGGCCCAGGAAUGAAUCAAUGCCUAGUUACGAAAUGAGACUUAAUAAUGGAGACUGAAGCAAUCAUUUUUAUGAAAUCAUAUGUCAUGAAGUAUUUAUUCUAGCUUUAAAUUCAUCAUGGCUGCACCACCAUGAAGUACAGAAUUGAACAAGGAGAAAUAUGGGGUGGGAGAAGAAUGAAUAGCUGAUUCUUUUCGAUGCUUGUGGAAAUCUUUCAAAUAAUGAAAUACAUCCUAUCAAAUAGCCUUGAGAACAAACACUCCGUUUUACAGCUCAUAGGACAACAGUAAACUCUCUAAAUAUGAUAAAUACAAUUUUUGGUAUGUAAGUUUGCUAAAACAGCUUAUUUUCUUGCACCCCUCAAUUUAACCUCUUACAAAUGAAUGUAUAAUUCUGACAGAAUAUCAAAGGGAGAGAGGCUGUCUGGUCUUUAAUGCUAAAAUAAUCUUCCUGAAUCCUACGUAGCUAAGUACAUGCAUUCCAACACCAAACGAAAUGGAUUAUACAUCUCUUUCUUAAUCAGUCUUAUGAAUUUUCAACUGACUCCCAAAUCUGAUAAGGAAAGAUCAAAAGAUAGAAUACAGGAAACAUCAGGGUAGCCAAGGAGCUUCCUUUGUAAUGUUGAGACUAUUUUCUCCUUUCUGAAGUUCACUGGUUCUCUAAAAUAAAAGGAAAGAGCUAAAUGGUACCCUUGUUCAUCAAGGAAAGUGACCCAAACUCUGUAUCUAGUGCAGAUAUUUCCUUUGCAUUCAUAUAUCUUCCCUGGAAAGAAAAUACAAUUUUGCCCUUCCUCUUUCUCCUCACAUUUACUCUUUUCAACCUGAGAUCAGAUAGACACAGAAAGCAAACCCCAAGCCAGUUUGGCAUCUUCUCCGUGCUAGUAGAAUAGUCAUAUUCACAUGCACCGUCUGAGCAAGGGAAAAAACGAACCCUGCCAGGUUGACUUGGAACAUGGCCUUGCUACUUGGAUUAGCUCCUUCAAACCUGAAAAUAACUUUCCUGGUCGUAGAAGAACUGGAUGUAUCCUUUAGCUUAUGAAAUAGGAUUUGAACUUGAAAUCUCUUUUUUUUUUUUAAAUCCUGAUUUUGCAGGGCAGCUACAUAAUGAAUGUAUAUAUUAAGACUUUGUAGCUGAAUUGCACAUUAAAUCAGAUUGCCAACUUCUUGACUUUCAAUUUUAGACUUCAUUUUAUCCUUAAGUUGUGAGCGAUGUAUGUAGCAUGCUGUGAAAUGUCUAUUAUAGUUCUUUAAUUCAUCAGUAUUAAUACAGAAUUAUCUUUUGCGUUCCUUGGUACUUUUUAUUCAAUGUAAUCAGAAGCUGUGAUGUUUUGCCUUUGUAGUCCUGUGCUUUGUUACUGUAACUUUUUUUUUUUUACGAAGCACGUGACUUUGGACUAAUGUGAGACGGAUGACGUGAUCUUUAAGACUGCUAUAUAUAUUUAUAUAUCAGUCUCUUACUAUAUAAGGUUUUCAAUUAGAAUAAGCUUUUAUCAAAUAGAUCAUUGAUGCAAUUUAGGAUUUACACAAUUUUCAUUGUCAAACGGCGGUCUUAUAUUUAUAGUUUCAAUUCUGAAAAUAGCAAACUUGAUAAACAGCCACUUUAAACUUAUUCUGGCAAACCAGACCCUGCUGUAGAUAUAGUCUAAGGUAGUUAACCAUAUAAGCCUUUUCAACUAGUAUGCUCUCUACAUGAGUCAACAGUUAAGGAGAUUGUAGAACCCAUGAAAGCUUUUUAUAUGUAUAACUAGGUUUUAUUUUUCUUAUGUUGCUGAUUUUACAAUUCUGACUAAAGCUGACCUGAAUGGAUCAGUUUAUGUGUAAUAUUCUAGUGUUCUAAUGCCUUUUUUUUUUUUUUUUUGGCGAUGGGUAAUAUUAUUUGAACAGAUGCAGAAGGAACUGUUAGUGAGUCAAGACAAACACAUUUGAAAUAAAGGAACUGUGUAUUAACAUGUUAACAAUUCAUAACUGCACUUUUUACGACAUUUUGAAAAUCUAUUUAUAGGUACAGAACAAUGGGUUUUGUUAAAACUGUAUCACAUUUAUACUUGCAGAAAUUUAUUUCAUUGUUAUUAGUAGGAAUUUUAUUGGUUCAAUAAAAUUGGCAAAACUGAACCCC